CAACAAAAUGAAAGUUGAGAUUAUUUUUGAUGAAUUUUUGUUUUUUUGUUUUUUUUUUUAAAUUUUUCAUUUAAAUUUUUUAAAUUACUUUCUACCUCCAUCAUUAUUUCUUUUUCCUUUUUUAAAGAUUAGUCUUAGUUUAAAAAAUAAAAAUAAUAGAUAUAAAAAAUGAAAACAUGAGAAAUGUAACUAAAAUGAUACAAAAAUAAUAAAAUAAAUAAGAUGGGGAUUUUCUCAGUCUUUUACAGAAAUCCCCCUUGAUGGAUUUCGAUUUGCAAUCCUGUGCUCGUUUAGUGAACAGCAUCAGCCCCCCUGAUUCCCAUUUACUAGGAAAGAAGCUCCAUCUUCUUUUCUUUAAGAGGGGCGUUCUCAGUUCCGUUCUCACUGUAGCCAACCGCUUUCUCCAGAUGUAUGUAAGGUGCGGGCAGAUUUCUGAUGCGCGGAAGUUGUUCGAUGAAAUGACCGAGAGAAACCACUUCUCCUGGAACACCCUGCUAGAAGGGUACCUGAAAUGCGGGAUGCUAAGUGAAUCGCUGCGUCUCUUUUCUCAAAUGGAUCAAAAGAACGAUUUUUCUUGGAAUGUGGUCAUCAUGGGCCUUGUAAAAGCAGGGGAGCUAGAAGCUGCCCGGCGUCUUUCGUACGAGAUGCCCAGGAAGAACGCUGUCGCAUGGAAUUGUUUGAUUGAUGGGUUUUCAAGAAAUGGAUUAUCCGGUGUCGCUCUAAGGCUGUUUAGGGACUUUUCUUAUUCGAAUGACCGUGAGGUGUCCGGUAUUGAUUCCUUUAUUUUGACUACGGCUCUCAGGACUUGUGCGGACUUGGGAAUUAUUCGUUUGGGGAAGCAGAUUCAUGCUCGCAUUGUAGUUCAUAAACUCGAGGUUGAUUCUACAUUGGCUAGUUCACUAGUUAACAUGUAUGGCAAGAGUGGUGAUUUGGAUAGUGCCCACCAUGUUUUGAGCAGAGAACAGUUUCCUGAUGAUUUUUCCUUGUCUGCCAUGAUCUUAGCAUAUGCAAGAUGUGGUAGAAUGAAUGACGCGAGACAAAUAUUUGAUUUUAAAGUUAAUCGCUGUGUUGUAUUGUGGAAUUCAAUGAUAUCAGGAUACAUGGAAAACAAUGACGUGUCCGAGGCCUUUUUCAUUCGACACAUAUGCGAAAUUUGUGGCCUAGUUGAAGAUGCAAAGUGCAUUUUUGAAUCUAUGCCGCACAAGAGCUUGAUAUCAUGGAAUGCAAUGAUGGUUGGUUUCUGUCAAAACGGGUUGCCAAGAGAAGCCAUUGAUAUCUUCAACAAAAUGAAUAAGAUAGACGUGAGGAUGGACAGGUUUAGCUACACAAGCACGAUCAGCGCAUGUUCAAGCAUCUCUUCUCUUGAACUAGGUGAACAGGUUUUUGCCAGAGCUAUCGUCACAGGGGUUGAUUCUGACCAGGCAGGCGUCUUGCCUACGGAUAUCACAUUUACAGGAGUCUUGUCUGCUUGUGAUCACUGUGGGCUCCUUGAGGAAGGGAAAAAAUGGUUUCUUGCAAUGAAAAAUGAUUACCAUAUUGACCCUGGCAUUGAACACUACUCGUGCAUGGUAGAUCUGUACGUCCGAGCUGGGUGUCUGGAAGAGGCUGUGAACAUCACUCAGACAAUGCCAUUCGAGGCUGAUGCGAGCAUGUGGUCGUCGAUUCUGAGGGGUUGCGUCGCAGUGGGUAAUGAAAUCCUUGGGAAAGUAGUCGCGAAGAAGAUUAUAGAGCUCAGUCCUGCGAAUUCGGGUGCUCUGGUUCAACUGUCAAACAUGUAUGCAACUUCUGGGAAAUGGGAAGAAUCGGCUAUGGUUUGGAACUUGAUGCAAGAAAUGGGAGUUCAUAAAAUUCCUGGACAGAGCUGGUGAGACUUGUAAUGAGAUGUUAUGUCUGGCUUUGCACCCUUACUGGAAGAAAGAUCUCAGUUCAAUGACCCAACAAACCAGAUAAAUUCCACAAGUGGGAAAAUUCUAUGGAGUAAUUUCCUCUGGAACCUUUGGAGAACUAGGAUUAGAGUAGCUGGUUAGGAACUCGGUGCUAUAGAGGUUUUUUGUAGUGUGUUGUGUUUGAUUGGAAUCUUCUAUUAAUGCUUGUAGAACUUUCUUUUCAUUGUACUUGGUGUUUUAUCCAUGCUAUACUGUAUACCC